GACAGCGGACACUUUUCUCAUUCCCACCCGGCAUUUUAGCCCCUUCUCCUCUUGUGAACUACUUUUCCGUCUCAGACUUAUUUUAAUUAUUCAUAUUUUUGACGCCAGUUUUUUUUUUUCUGGCGGUGACGGCUCGUUCUUAUUUCGCUUCGCAUCACACAUGUGGACAUCGACCCAAGUUCGCCCCGCGGCUACAUUUAGGAUUUUACAAACUUAGCGGCGCGCGGACCGCGCCGUGAUAGCGGUGCUCCGAAUUGCGAUCAAUGUUAUUUUCGGCCAAGCACGCGCUCCCUUGAACGCGGUGCGCGCGACGAUAAAAGCGUAGUUAGGGGUCAUUUGGCGCAAUGUGUCCGUGGAUCCGUGUGCCUGCACCUGAUGCGCUCUGAAAUAGCGGUUUGCUGAGGAUGUAGCGUGUCAGCGUCAGUCGAGCUGCUUCUGAUCGGCCCGACAUCACUGAGCACAUAACACACACUCAAUUAAGCGUAGUGGAAAUACAAAUAAUAAAAACACAACACAUAGCGGAGCCGCCGUUGCGCCUCAUUUACAAGCAUCCGGCAAUUAGAUAGUUUGAGAAGUUAUUUAGGCUUUUUUUCUUCUUCGGCGGAGCGGCUUAAUUAUCUUUAACACAUCAAACCGCGGACGUGCGCAGACUAAAUGAACUAAUCAGCGCUUCGAGGCGUUUGAUAAUAGCGAGACUACCUGUUGAGGGCAUGUGUGCGCGUGGCUUGAUAAAUUGAACCGUCACCUCUCAGUAUGCAGACGUUAUUACAGCGACGUGACCGCUCGCAACGAGACCUCAGACUAAUCACCUGCAAUGGAAACUGUUGCUUUACCCACAGCCAGCUGAAGACAAGUGAAGCAGGCAGCGCAGCCACACCUCAUGCGUGGGUUCAGCCAAGGUCCGAGUGGAUACGGGUUUGACAAACAUGGGUGUGCUCCAGCUCCACAAUCCCACUCACCCCAGCACGCUUCUGCAGCGGGCCAAUCAGAUGCGCCUGAGCGGCACCCUGUGUGACGUCAUCAUCACGGUGGACGGCCAGGAGUUCCCGGCGCACCGCACGGUCCUGGCCUGCACCAGCAAGAUGUUCGAGAUCCUAUUCCACCGCAGCAGCCUGCGCUACGCUCUGGACUUCCUGUCGCCCAAGACCUUCCAGCAGAUCCUGGAGUACGCGUACACCGCGUCGCUGCAGGCCACGGCCGAGGACCUGGACGACCUGCUGUACGCUGCCGAGAUCCUGGAGAUCGAGUACCUGGAGGAGCAGUGCCUGAAGGUGCUGGAGACCAUCCAGACGGAGGAGACGGAGGACGUGGGCGUGAGGAACCACGGCUCCGGAGACCACGGCGACCACGGCCGGGCCAGGCACUGGAGGCACAUCCUGAUGUCCAAGAAGGACUCCGUCCACGAGCGGUCCAACCACAGCUCGCCCACGGCGCUGCACCACCUGGCGCUGUACCACAUGGCCGAGAGGAGCUCUCCCGGCCCGCAGCCCGAGGCCUCCACCGAGUCCAGCCCCAAGCUGGACGCCGACGUGGAGGCCUCCCAGCAGCUCCAGCGCCACGCCGCAGAGCUGGCCUUGUCUCUGGACCCGCUCAGAAGCAUAAAAUCAGAGAGCAUGCAGGUGGACGAGGCCGACCGGAGUACCGGAGAGGGAGGCUGCGCAUCAGAGCAGAACCGGGACGAGGGCCCAGGGACGCCCCUGCGCGGCAGCGUGAUCACCAGCGCCCGGGAGCUGCACGGCAGCCCCGAAGACGGCGGCCCGGCGGUGGGCAGCGCCCUCGACUGCUUCCCCGGCCUGGCCGAGAAGCACCUGGCCUCCAUCUACUCCCUGCCCUCCGGCCACGCGGGCGACGGCGCCGUGCCCGUGUCGGUGGCGGUGGCGCCGUCCCUGGGCGUGCCGCUGGACCCGAGGGCCUACGGCGGCCUGCUGCACCAGGGCCUGCUGCACAGGGAGCUGCUGAGCCGGCUGGGCCAGUUCGCCGCCGGCAUGAGGCACGAGGGCCAGGCCCAGGGCCAGCAGUGCUGCGGCGAGUGCGGGCUGCAGCUGCACAGCAGGCAGGCCAUGGAGCAGCACAGGAGGCUGCACAACGAGGAGAAGGGCCACGGCUGCGAGUACUGUGGCAAACACUUCCAGGACAGCAUGCGGCUGAGGAUGCACAUGCUGUCUCACACAGCUCCUGCAGAGGCGCUGGUGUGUGAUCAGUGUGGAGCAACGUUCUCCUCAGAGGAUGCUCUGGAGGCCCACAGACAAACACACACAGGGACUGACAUGGCGGUGUUCUGUCUGCUGUGUGCAAAGCGCUUCCAGACCCAGAAGGCCCUGCAGCAGCACAUGGAGGUCCAUGCAGGCAUGCACAGCUACAUCUGUAGCCACUGCGAGCGCCCCUUCCCCAGCCACACCACCCUCAAAAGACACUUGCGCUCGCACACGGGCGAUCACCCGUUCGAGUGUGAAUUCUGCGGGAGCUGCUUCAGAGACGACGGCACGCUGAGGGGCCAUAAACGCAUCCACACAGGAGAGAAGCCUUACGAGUGCAAUGGCUGCGGGAAGCGCUUCAGUCUGAAACACCAGCUAGAGACACACUACCGCGUACACACAGGUGAGAAGCCAUUCGAGUGUAAGCUGUGUCACCAGCGGUCCAGAGACUACUCGGCUAUGAUCAAGCACCUGCGCACUCACAACGGAGCGUCUCCGUACCAGUGCACCAUCUGCCAGGACUUCUGCCCGAGCCUGGCCGCCAUGCAAAAGCACAUGAAGGGCCACAAACCUGAGGAGGUGCCAGCGGACUGGAGGAUAGAAAAGACUUACCUGUACGUGUGUUAUGUCUGAGCAGGACUUGGACCCCGUGCACAGUCCUACAAACAGACACAAACUUGUACUUGUAUCUUUGUGAGGACACUCAUUGACGUAAUGCAUUCCCGGGCCCCUUACCCCAACCAUCACAGCUGAAUACAAAACUCUGACCCUCACCCUAAUCAUAACCAAAACUUAAUUCUCACCUUGACUCCGAAACAUCAUCUUAACCCUCAAACAAACCUUGGAAACAGGCCAGAAUGUCCUGACUUUCCAAAAAUGUCCUCACUUUGGUAGAGAAAUAAUUUUUGGUUCUCACUGUGUAACAAGUACAAGACAUAAACACACCCUCACACAGCUGCUGAUGGGUAAAACCCUAAUAACUCCAGUGUUGCUACAAACAGACAUCGUAGUCCUUUUGUUUUUAAAUAAAGUCUAAAUGCAUUGUGGGAAGCUGCCAUUCUGGAAGAUGAGGGGUUUUACCCGACAACAGAAACAUACAAGCACGAACACACAUUCAUGUUUUCACUAGGGCUUUAACUAAUCGUUGGUUUCAUUAGAUAAUUACUAUCUAUUUGCACAGAAAUGACAGUUCUAAAAGGGAAAAAAAGACAUUUGUUUAAAAAAUGCUUCUGUCAACAAGUGAUUCAGAUCAGAAGUGGAAACUAACAAGAUCCUUUUUUUUUCAUUCCCAAACCACAUGUGGGCCAAUUCUAUUUGUGGACUUACCUCGGUCUGACUCGUAUUUGAUUUGUGAAAAUCAAACAGCUGUCAGAACAGUAGGACUGGAUUUUAUGGGAUUGUUUUAGAGUUUCUGUUUUAGUCAAACAUGAAAAAAACAAGGCAUCAGUGUAAAUGUUCAAUGAGCUUAGGUCUACAUUGUGUAAAGGCAAAUGGCACCUUUUUUUUCCAUUUCAAAAUUCAAUAAACGUAAACAAGCCCUAGUGCAAACACACACUCACCCACAUGCUCACACAGUAUUUUGAUACUAACUGUAUCUGUAUUGGCUCCACUGAGGUUAAAGCAAAGCCACGGUGGCUGCGACCGCCGACCUGUAUGUGUAGCGGAAGCUUUCGGAUCGAUCGCCCAGCCGUCAGGCAACCUCGGUCAACUUCAAUGAUUGUGCGGAAGAUGUUGAAAAUAAUUCCACAAAGGCUUGUUUGGCUGAACAUUUUCCUCCCUAGCAUUCUGUGACUUCUGUUUUUCACUCCUCCCUCCCCUCUGCCGUUGAAUUCUCAUUUUGAAGUUGUUAAUUUUAUGCAUGUUUUACUUGAAUGGCUGCCACGUUUUGACCUCGCUUGAUCUCUUUAAUUGCCUUGUCUUUUCUCUUGCGGUGGGGGUGAUGUUGUUUCGAGGUAGCUGGCUCACAAUUUGAGUUUCGCUUGCAAUGUAAUACGUUUUGCUAUUUAUGUUGUUCAUUUGUUACCAAAUAUGUGCUGGUUUUCAUCACACGGCGUCUCUUGAUGAUUUCUUUGCGUAGAGCGAGCUCUACCUCUUAUCGUUUAGUUUUAAAACCCACUGCAAACCCAUUGUAUUCACCUACCAGUAGAUUAUGUUUUGACAACUACAUCAUAAUUUAAAUGGUCAAACUGUGUAAAAAAUGCGAAGAGCAGGAUCGAUUUUAUGUGUAGUUUUUUAUCAUGACUAUAUAGAUGUCUUAUAAAAAUCACUGAAUCGGAAUUUUCAGAAAAAUCAAAGAAAACAAAAAGGUGUGUUUUUUUUAUAAAACAUGAAAAGAAAAUUCUGACAUUGAAUCACUAUGAGCAGGUUAUUGUCAGUCGUAGUGUAGCUGUAAUGUACAAAGUGUCUUGGUAUGUUAUUCCCUUAUGUGAGCCUAACACGGGCCUUAUAGAUUUAAACAUGUUGUAUUUUUGUAUUACAGUAAUUUGCUAUCUGUUUACAUUUGGUAUGAUUUGAGAAACAUCUAUACGUGUGUGUUUUAUAAGUCUCUGAUUUGAUUAAGAUCCCUCCCUCGUGCCUCUUUUAUAAGUAGAGCAUCGAUGUGCUUGAGUACAUGGGUCUGUGCUAUUGGUAGUUGUUUCUGGGUGUUUGUUUAUUGUUACUUAAUUGCAGAUAGACUGCCAUGUAGAUCCACUUUGUCUCGACAUUGCAACUGGAAGCAACAUACUGUGAUAGUGGCUGGUACUCUGAUGCAAGUUCCAAGCAAUUUUGAUGUAAAAGUACACGCUUGUCUCAAAUUGUUCCCUUCAAAGUGACAGUGGAGAUCUUCAGAUGAAAACUGUGUGUAUAGCAAAUCUUGGCGUCUGUGGGCAUUACCAAUGCCUUCUUAAGUAGCCAACCACACUCAGUGCCAUGAAAACACAUUCACUGUAUCUAUUCUACAUGGACAUGCACUAUAAAUGGUUUUCCUCGGUGGACCAAAAGAAAUAGAGCACUUUUGUUUGAAAAAGGGUUUUUUCUUUGAUCUUUCUAUGUUGUGAUAAUGCAGAUGUCCUUUUAUUUGAUGUGUCCUAGAAGGAUGUGAUUAGCAUUGUUUAGAUUAUGUCAAUGUCUGUCUACCUCAGGGCCAGAUCAAAGCUCGACCUGGUGUCCAAUCAGGGUUGUUCUUCUUGCCAUGUGUGCAGUAAACCCCCCCUCUUCAUUACAGCUUUGUAACAUAGUGUGUGAAAGUGUUUUCUGUGUGGAUUCAGGCACACUCUGUAUGUGUCAGUGUUCGGUGGCAUGGUUAAAAAAAGAAUAAAACAAUUUACUAUUUUAUGCA